CUUAUAAAUAUCGACGUCGCAUGCCUGCAGCUACUAGUGCGAAUUUUAGUGCUCAGUGUUUCGGAUUCAGAGCAGCUGUUAAGAGAAUUUGAAAUAUUUUGAAAAAAUGGUAAACCAUCAACUUGCCAUGACUCUCUCUGUGCUCUUGUUUUUGGCUACAAGUUUGGCAAAUGCCCAAACGAACAGCAUGAAUAAUAGAUUAGAUGUGCAGCCGUCCAUGGAAACGACCACUACUAUGGCAGAAAAUCCAAGUGCAAUGGGUUUCGAUUUCGAGGCCGUAGUGCGCACAUGUAAUGCAAGUUUCCCUACACCAAUCGAGUAUAUCCAACAAUUCAAUGAAACUGCGGAAUUACCAAAUACGGCGGACAAAACAAGCAUGUGUUUCAUGCACUGUUACAUGGAGAAAACUGGACUUAUGCGAAAUUGGCAAUUGAAUCGCAUGUGCGUAAGUGCAUAG